CCGGUCCGCGCCCGCGGAGCUAGCGCACCCACGUCUCACGUGACGCGCCGGCGAGGACCAGCCCCUCUGUCCCCACACCUCGGGGCCCGGGGGGGAGCAGCAGCACCCGGAGAGCGGCGGGGCGGGGCCGCCCGUCCCUCCCCGCCCUCCGCACCUGCCCGAGCAGCGCAGCGGAGGGCGCGCAGCGGCGCGGAGGCCGGGCUGGGGCUGCGGGGGCGCGGGGAUCUCCGGGCGGUGAUGCGCAGCCCGCGGCGGCAGGAUGCGGGAGGGGAGCGCGGGCAGCCGCGACGCGGAGAACCGGACGGGCGGCGAGCCCCCGCUGCACCUGUUUCCCGCACCAGUGCUUACAGGCAUCACAGUAGCCUGCAUCCUCCUCUUCGUCAUCGGGAUCAUUGGCAACCUCAUGACCAUGCUGGUGGUGUCGCGGUUCCGGGACAUGAGGACCACCACCAACUUCUACCUGUCCAGCAUGGCCUUCUCCGACCUGCUCAUCUUCCUCUGCAUGCCCCUGGACCUCUUUCGCCUCUGGCAGUACCGGCCCUGGAAUUUCGGGGAUCUCCUCUGCAAGCUUUUCCAGUUCAUCAGCGAGAGCUGCACCUACUCCACCAUCCUCAACAUCACUGCCCUUAGCGUGGAACGGUAUGUUGCCAUCUGCUUUCCCCUCCGAGCUAAAGUGAUCAUUACCAAGGGGAAGGUCAAGCUGGUCAUCCUUUUCCUCUGGGGCAUCUCUUUCAUUAGCGCUGGACCCAUCUUCAUCUUGGUGGGGGUCGAGCAUGAGAAUGGCACAAACCCCCUGAGCACCAACGAGUGCCGAGCCACAGAGUAUGCCAUCCGCUCAGGGCUCCUCACAAUCAUGGUCUGGACCUCCAGCAUCUUCUUUUUCCUGCCUGUGUUUUGCCUGACUGUGCUGUACAGCCUCAUUGGGAGGAAGCUCUGGAGGAGAAAGAGAAAGAACAUUGGUCCAAACACUGUCAUCAGGGAUAAGAACAACAAGCAAACUGUGAAAAUGUUAGUUGUGGUGGUAUUUGCUUUCAUACUCUGCUGGUUGCCUUUUCACGUAGGACGAUAUUUAUUUUCCAAAUCCUUUGAAGCUGGAUCCUUGGAGAUAGCAGUGAUCAGCCAGUACUGCAAUUUGGUGUCCUUUGUUCUCUUCUACCUUAGUGCAGCCAUCAACCCCAUCCUCUACAACAUCAUGUCAAAGAAGUACCGAGUUGCUGCUUGCCGCCUGUUUGGACUCAAACCGCUUCCAAAGAAAAGACUCUCCAGCACAAAGCAAGAAAGUUUGCGUGUUUGGACAGAACCAAGUGUUAUCACAUGACACCUGAUUUCCAGCACUGGAGCAUCACUUACCCAUGUUUCCGAGAAAGCCAUAACGAAAGAGAAAGAAAUACGAAUUGAAACGUUAAAGCUGUACUUCUGUCACCAUCUGGAUUUGCUGAAAGAUGUAAUGUUGGCAGUUACAGACUAAAAAUCCCAAAAUAUAACAACAAGCCAACAAAAAGCUAAAUUUUGAGACCAUAAAAGGAGACACAUGAUUACGGAAUUUGGCAACACACAAGUAUUAUUUUUCUGUUACUUUUUCCCAUAUGAUUUUUAACGCUGACUUUAGCAGGAGAGGUAGGUUUACCAUCCUGAACAGGGGAAUAUAGCCCAGUCCACUUGAUAGUCUCUGUGAUUUCAGUAGCUGCUAAUUUGAGAUCAAUUAUUCCAGAGUUAAGUUUACUUUUGCUAAAAAUUUUGCUAGCAUGUAACCAGAUGGUACAAAGAGAAAAUUGAAUGGCCUUUUUGGAGUAGUGAACACAGAAUUUGAUACACUUUUCAUAAUCUUGAUUUUUAAAUAAACAAAUAUUUUUCUCUGAAUGAGGAAAAUGAUUUCUGAAAAAAAGAAGAAAUAAAAUGGAUAAAAAUAAACAACCUUCAUGUCAUAUCUGAGUAGAAAGAAAAAAAAAUGCCCUCACAGAAGUGACUUAGAACCUGACUGUACUCAAAUAUCUGUUUUGAGUAUGUACUAGAGGGACAAGGACAGUGGACAAUGCUGACUUGAGGACUGCAGUGAUGCUAUGAAAAUAUGGAAUGCAAUCUCCCACCAAAGUUCUUUAGCUUUGUUUUUGUUAUAUUUUACUAGUUAAAUCAUCUGUACACAUUCUAUUCAGCUUGUCUGUGAAUGACUUGAUGUGUUUGAACUUGGAAGCUUUUAGUUGUUUUGAUAUUUGUAAUGAUUCUGUAGUUACUUGCUCCUAUGCUGUGCACUACCAUACCCCCGAGGUUUGUUGAGGACAGGUCUCCUGCCUGUAAACCCCGACUUCUUGCUGUUUAAAAUAUAUGAGUCAGUUACCAGUACCGUGUUUCUCCAUAAAGCCCUGUGUGUACUUGUACUAGUUUGCUGUAGUAUUAAAUUGAGAACAUUUUUUUAACCAAUGUGACCUGACAAAGUAAUAGAAAAAUCUGCAUUGGGAGACACAGGCAGACAUGUUCUCAUACUUCCUCCAUAAAAAUCUUAAAUUCAAUUGAUCUUUAUAACUGAAGUAUGCCAUUAAAAGGCAAACCAGAAAACUUUCCAUCCUUUAUGUUAAUGUCUUAUAUUGCAUCUAUUUUCACACCAACAUGUAGAUUUUGUGGAUCAGUUAAUAGAGUUUCAGAGCAUGCAAGUGCAAUAGCAGCUUUCUAUUUACUUUGUUCUGGUAUUUAUUACCCAGCUGCUCCACAACUGAUGCUCCAUAAUGAAUUGUCUGUUAGCAAAAGUCUUACUGCCUUCAAACUCCUAUUAACAGUGAUGGCCAUUUUCCACCUGUUACACCUGUAGCUGAUGGUGCUGCUCAGGUAUAACCCAAAAGAGAAUUUGGCCUCUUCUGUAAAUACUGUGUCUUUUAUGCCAUCCAGUGCUUUGCUAGGGCCAGGGGGCUGAUUGCUGCUCCUCAGUGUGGUGCCUGAGCCUGUCUUGCUCCCCACUCCAGUACUCACAGGAAGCACAGGUUUGAUGUAUGCAAACCUAUAAAUUAAGGGACAAAUCAGCAGCAGUGCUAUAGGAUCAUUUAAUCUCUAAUCACAUCUGUCUUGUUACCGAUGUUGUUCUCUCACUCACUGACCAACAGGCAGAUCUGAUGGCAGAUGUCAUGCAACUCAGGGAAACAAGAAAUUUUGGAAUCUUGAAAAGAUUUGAAGAUGUGAACUCACUUGUAACAUGUCUCUGUAAAUGAACCAGUCACAACACCUAGUGUCACGUGUUUCAAAUCUCCGCUGUGCCUGUGUUAUUAAAUGUGAACAGAAUAAAAUAAAGUGAUGGGACCCUU